AUGGAUUCAAACGAAAUUUCCGUACAGGGAGAUUUGUUGAAAUAUUUGGAAUCUGAGGGUUACCUGCAGGAUUUGGCCACAACUGGUGCUAAAUAUUUGCAGGCUAUCCUUGAAAUGCGUUCAAAGGGCUUGCUUGGUCCUGCACUGUGCUUUCGUCCAGAGAUUAAUUUGACCAAAUUGAAAACCAUGUCGGUGCCUCUUUGGAGGAUGUGCGUGGAACAGCCAGCAUUGGCAGAACGGCUAUUGCAGCAGUUGACUAUGUACAUUUUGGCGGAGUUCCUUGGUGGACGACAAUUGUUCAGUGAAUUCGAUUGCGAGCAGAUUUUCACGCCGCUUCGAUUAUCCCUUGAAGCUGACGAUUUAGAAAAAGAAUCUCUGCAGAAAAACUCCAAGCAACAACUUGUGCUGAUCAAAGGAGUGUUGUCCUCCUACGUGUCACCUUCAAAAUACGUGCGCAGCUGUGUAACAAGGUGCAGAAAUGGUGAAUGUCCUGGCGCACAGCUGAAAAGACGUCCUGGUUCAUGGUUCAAGGGAAGACUUUGCUUCUACUGCAAAACGGAGGAACUUGAAAUGCCUGAAGAACGAGAUGUCGGUGAAGAAGUCCUAGUGACAAUUCUUCCACUCCAAGGAUUAGAUACUGCGGUCGGAGGGAAAACUUCUGCCAUCCAGAUUAUUUUCAAAGAUGAUCUUUCUGCUGGCCUGACUAUUGGAAGCACCAUCCAGGUCCUUUGCAGACCUGCUAUGUUGCAAAGAGCGCCUAAUUUGACUUUAGAGGCGUGCUCCAGAGUAACAACAGAGCUAUCCUUAAGCCAAACAAAAAUGAUUCCACUCACUUUUCAUGUGGAGGAAUUUUACAGCAGAUAUGAAAACUCUCCGUGGGCAACAGUUGCAGCUUUGGCAAUGCAUUUUGGCAGAGACAUGUUACCCUAUGGCUGCUUAUUCAACGUCAGAAUGAACAUGAUUUUGAGUUUAGCAUCCCAAGGCUCGAUCAGACCACUUCCUUUGUUAGUACUUGGCCAAGAAAACGUUUUGGCGUCGAGGAUUAUGGAAUCUGCUGCAAAAUUGUCCUACAGAAGUUUGAUCCAUGGGUGUCAAAAUACCAUCAGUGGAGUGGCUAGGAAGUGGGAGGACAACAGGGAAAACCACUGCGUCGAAGCAGGGUCACUCGUGUUAGCCUCGGAAGGGGUUUGUCUGGUUGGCGAUUGGACGGGUUUGAAAAAUGAGGCAAAGACAGAAUUUAAAAGUGCUAUCGAGAAAGGGUUUGCUACGGUGAAGCUUCCGAAUAAACCCUUGGAGUUUCCCAUGAAGGCAUCUGUCUGGACACACUGCAGUCAGCUCGACAAGAAAAUGCUGAAGCCAGUGAUUGAGUAA